AUGCCUACUUUACUCAAUGUGCCUAUCAGAUGGAAGCAGAAUAUAGAACAGAAAAUACAAGCGCUAGAAGCGGCCGUCAGUAGGAACGUGAAUAAUAAUAUACCCUUAGACCUCCCUCAGCAAAACGAGCAAGGAUUAGAGAAUGAGCCAUCCUCGGUGGGCGAGGAAGUAGUGGAAGGGAAUCAGCAAGAUACAACAAGUGAGCGUCCGGGCCGAUGGAGGAUUACCAUAGAUCUGGAAUCAAAUCCAGGUGCGCUCCCAGGCCACUAUCUUCUACGAGCAAAUUCCGUACCAGCCAACACCCCCACGGACUUUAUCGCUCGUGGUGUGAUAAGCACUGAGAAUGCACUGCGAUAUUUUGAUGAGUAUCAAAACCGACUGGAUCACUUCGUUUACCGGAUCCUGGGAGAUCAUAGCACGGCGACAUUGGGUCGCAUUAGAGAAGUUUCGCCGCUUUUAACAACCGCUAUCUGCGCAGUAGGUGCGUUGCAUUUUUCGUCUUCGGAUUUUGAAGUGCUGUACAAAGAAUUCGUCGCCCUAAGUGCACCGUUGAGCUUUUCAAGAAGGCAAACCGUCGAUGACGUCCGGGCGCUCUGCAUUGGUGCCUUUUGGCUCAGUGACCUUUCCUGGUCGUUAGUCGGUCUAACUGUACGAAUAACCGCGGAAUUACAAUUGCAUAAGAGUUUUUCGAAGGCUUUACAGGGAGACAGGAACCACUAUUCACGCGCACGGUUAUACCUGCUGGUCUAUGCUUGUUACCAUCACUUUUCCGUGCCAUAUGGCAGACCACCAAUGACUAGAGAAUGUGAGGCUGUGAGAGAUGUGCGGAAGUUCUUGGACUGCACCUAUGCUACUGAGGAUGAUGCACGACUGGUAAGCCAGGUCUUACGCUGGAGUAUAUGCACCAAUAUCUAUGACACUUUCGGUGCCGACGUCGAUCGGCUUCUUUCAGGUGCAGAUAUUUCCAACGUGCGACGGUUCAGCAUCGCUUUGGAUAGCCUUUGUGCUGAAUGGGGCGACAAAUUUAACCGAAACGCCCAUGUCGGGAACUACCCGCGCAAAGGUGUUGGAAUACAAUAUCAUUGUGCCAAGCUCUAUCUCUGCUCGCAUGCUUUGCGUGGUGCUGGAUCACGCCUUGCUAAAUCCCGAGCUCCUGAUGUGGUUCUGGAGUUGGAGGAAAUAGCAAACUCUGCGGUACUUUCCGCCGUAUCUAUCCUUCGCGCGGUGAUCUCAGAUCCCGAGAUUCAAUCAUACCCCAACGGCUUGCCGACAUAUUUUGAUAUUAUGAUCGCCUUUGCAGUGGUCUUUCUGCUCAAAGUAUCCACCCGAUUCUCUGCUACUGUUCAGCUUGAUAAUCAAGAAACUCAACGCUUAAUGCUAUCGCUAGUCACAGUUUUGAAGGGAGUGACAGCGAGCAUGCAUCCACAUCACCUCCUUGUCAGUAUAACCAAGGGCAUUGAUGAUCUCUUACAACGAAGUAGGAUGGCCUCUGACGCAGCUCAAGCUGUACCCAUGGAUCUACUGCAGCAGGAAGCACAGCAAAUUAUAUAUGAUCGCAAAACGCCGUAUGUAGGUUUCGGUCUUGAGACCGAUGGGAUAUUUGACCAGUACUUCAUGAGUGAAUUCGACUUUCUGUCGGGACAAGACCCAGAGUCUUUAAUAUGA